ACUUUACUUACUCGAAUAUCAAUCUUAAUAGCGUAAGUCCUUCCCUAUCUUCAUAAGCAUUUCAUUUAAGAAUUAGAUAACAUUAUCUACGUGAGAAGACCAAAGUCAAACUACUUUCCCACAUCAUCCGGGGGUCCAUAUUUCCUCGCAGUUUCCUGUUCAUCCCCAAAACCCAGAGAGCCAAAGAAAACAUUAAUUAUUUACACCCCAUUACAAUAAACGUCUUGUCGUUUUCACGUGUCGUUUACCACACACAAAACUUUUCUGCGCCGUGCAAGUCCACAGACCCUUCACAGAAGAGCCGAGCAGAAUUAAUAAAUAAUCCCUGGGCACUUGGUAUGUGACCGGCCGCUUACGGCGAGGGUUUGCAAAAUUUUACACGAUCGGGGCUGCAUUUCGGUGACAAUUUUUGCGGUUCUUCAAUUUAGCAGAAUCUGAUGGAUGGAAGACUGGAUAAAGCUCUAUUUUUAGCACUUGCAGUUGGCAUUGCCGCAGGAACAGCGGCUACAGUUACUUCUAUAAGCUUUCCAUAUGCUUGUGGUGCUGCUUUUAAUGCUCUUCAAGUCAGAAGAAAAAGAGAACAAAGAGAACUAAGAAAUCGUCUAAAAUCUGAAAAGAGUAAAAAGUCACCAAGCAAGCCUAAAGAAAGUCAGAUCUAUAAAGAGAUACUUCACAGAGCAUUGAUAGAGUGGAAGGAUAUUGUUGUUUCACUAGAUGAUUUCCCAUAUUUUUUAUCGGAUAAUACUAAGACUGCACUUCUGGAUUCUGUAUAUACAUUUCUGAAGAGGCCAGAAUAUGUCAAGUAUGUAUCAAAUUUGGUCAGCGUGAGUCCUCGAAUUCUUGUGACUGGACCACCAGGCUCUGAAAUCUAUCAGGAGACUUUGGUGAAAGGUUUGGCGCGUAGUCUGCAGGUCAACAUGCUAGUGCUUGAUUUCACAGAUAUUCUACUAGAGGCGAGAGAAUUGCAGCCCAGCAAUCUGCAGAAAACAACAAAUCAGAUUCCAGAAGCGCCUUUAGCAUCAAGUAAAACGAAUGGAGAAGUUAAUUCCAAGGAGAAAAGUAACACAUCGGCUGCAAAUUUGAAAUCAAAAGACUCCACAGCAUCUUCAACAAACAACUGUCGAAAGAAAAAGCCAGAUAUGGGACUCAGGACUGUAUCAGAGUGGUCAGUGGUGAAGCAACCAGAUAGUGAUCCUGAAGAUAAAUCUAUGCUGGUGAAAGUCCCUUCGCAAUCAGUUAUAAGUGGAACAACCAUAGAUCCGCCAAAGCGCCUUUUCAGGAAGGGUGAUAGAGUCAGGUAUGUGGGACCAAGUAAUGGACCAACUACACCUGGUUUACCUGUUGCUUCCCACCGUGGUUCUACUGGAGGCAAAGGACCUUCUAUUGGAUCGAAAGGUCGAGUAAUACUCUUGUUGGAAGAAAAUCCCAAUAAAGUUGGAGUUAGGUUUGAUAAGCCAGUUUAUGGUGGAAACAACAUGGUAGAUCUUUGUGAGGAUGGAUAUGGCUAUUUUUGCAAUGUGUUGGAGCUUCGUUUGGAGCACUCUGUUGGCGAGGAUGAGAAUAAGAUUAUGUUUGAUGCUCUUAUUGAUCUUUUGGGUAGUGAAGCAUCAAAGGAGCCUUUGCUCCUUUUUAUAAAGGAUGUUGAAAGAUCAAUGAUGGGCAACCUGGAACACUACAAGAAGUUGGAACAACUUGACAAAACGGAGUCAAGGGUCGUUAUCAUUGGAUCACAUACAAUGGACUUCCAAAAGGAUAAGGGAAGUUUUGGUAGUUAUUCGACUUCAAAAUCUGGCAGUAGUCUUGCACCUCUUCUAGACUUGCCGUUCUUGGAUAACUUUAUGUCUCGGAUAGAAGAUAUUAAGGGAGAAAGUUCAAAAUCAUCCAGAGCUCUAUUCAAGCUUUUUCCUGCUAGAAUCUAUCUGCAGCAGCCGCAGGAUGAAAAUGUGGCAAUGGAAUGGAACCAUCAAAUUGAACAAGAUACUGAAAUACUAAAAGCAGAAGCCAACAGGCAACAACUUCGCAUGGUUAUGGGAUCUUCAGGUGUGAUAUGUAGAGAUUUGGCUGAACUUGAGAUUAAGAACCAGAUGUUGACUCAUGAUAUGGCAGAGAAGGUGGUGGGAUGGGCUGUGAGUCGUCAUUUGCAGAAUGAUGGUGAGCCAGUCUUAUUCAAUGGAAGACUGGUUAUAACAGCAGAAAGCAUGCAGCAAAGCCUUACAGAGCUACUAUCUGUGCAAAGAGCUUCACCAAUGAAAAAAUCAUUGAAGGAUGUUACUUGUGACAAUGAUUUUGAGAAAAUACUCCUCUCUGAAGUUAUACCUCCUGAUGAACUGGGAGUUACUUUUGAUAGUAUUGGGGCACUCGAUAAUGUUAAGGAAGCACUUAGGGAGCUCGUUAUGCUUCCAUUGCAGCGGCCUGAGCUUUUUACAAAAGGACAAUUACGAAAGCCUUGCAGAGGAUUGCUCCUCUUUGGCCCUCCUGGAACUGGAAAAACGAUGCUUGCAAAGGCUGUAGCCACGGAAGCAGGAGCAAAUUUUAUUAAUAUCUCAAUGUCAACAAUUACAUCAAAGUGGUUUGGUGAAGCAGAAAAGUAUGUCAAAGCAGUAUUCACUUUGGCUAACAAGAUAGCCCCAAGUGUAAUAUUUAUUGACGAGGUGGACAGUAUGCUUGGAAGAAGAGGGAAGGACUCAGAACAUUCAGCUAUGCGUAAGCUAAAGAAUGAAUUUAUGGCUAGUUGGGACGGUCUUCGAACUCGGGAUAAGGAACGAGUACUGGUUCUAGCAGCUACAAAUCGACCUUUUGAUCUUGAUGAGGCAGUUAUCAGAAGGUUUCCAAGGAGGUUAAUGGUUGAUCUUCCUGAUACUGAGAAUCGAUCUAAAAUUCUUAAGGUUAUCCUUGUGGAUGAAGACUUGGCACCAGAAUUUAAUAUGGAAGAAUUGGCUGCUGUUACUGAUGGAUAUUCAGGAAGUGACUUGAAGAGUUUGUGUACAACUGCUGCAUAUGAACGGAUACGUGAGCUAUUAGAUCAAGAAUCUAAGGAGAGAGAGAGAGCAAAAUCUGAAGGACGUCUACCUCCUCCAACCACUAAAACACCAGAACUGCGGCCCAUAAGCAUGGAUGAUAUGCGCAAAGCUAUGGAAAAGGUUCGUUCCAGUGUCUCUGCAGAUGCAAGAAGCAUUCUCGAAUUGCGGCAGUGGAAUGAUGAAUAUGGAGAAGGGGGAUCGAAGAAGGUGAUGACAUUAAGUUAUUUCAUGUGAAGUUGACUACAUCCUGUAAGAGAUGCUACGUAAUCAGGAAGAUAAAUCAGAGAACAUGAUAUUAAGAAUGUUCGGCUGGAGAUCUAAUAAAAUAUUAUAAGAGAUUAUUUGCAAAUUUCUGGAAGGUUGAGCGAACUGUACAGUGAAAGGAGGAAAUGGAGAUGGACAUGGCCUUGAGGCAUGUUAUGUGAACAGAAUUGAAGCAAGAUGUAAGUUAUGAGAAGAUCAGGUAUCAAAUAAUAUUCGUGGGGAAAUGUAUUGUUCUAUUAAUCUGCAGGCAUGCAUGCAAAUUUUUUGCAGCCCAUACUGAUAUUUACAGGUAUCAUUGAUAUGUUAAAAAGCUGCACAGAUUUUGGAUUGUAUUUUUAGCACGAUCAUAUUGUUAGAAGAAAUACAUAUCGUCUGUUUAAGCAGUGUUUUACAAUUAGCAUGGUACUGCUUUACAUAAAGCAAAGGAGUAAAAUAUUAUAUCUUAUACCAGAUAAUGAUGUAUAUUGUAACUGAUCAGAGAGCACUAGAGUUGUACUUGUAACCAUCUAAGUAAAUCAUUGAGGUCAUAUUAUUGUUUCAAAUUUGGACACAUCACCCUCGUUUUCAUGAAUAUGGUUAUAAGCAUAUUAUUUUUACAGGUUGAUA